AUGCAUUCUCAAACAUUCCUCCUUUCGGCACUCGCCAGUAUCGCGUCGUCAGCUCAUAUUGCUGCUCGCGCGACUACCAACACGAACCUUCAGACCGCGUUCCCGGCUUCGAGCGGUACUACGAACCUCGCCGCGGCACGCACGCUCGCGGCUGGAGAGAGCCUCGAUGGUGGCAUGAAGCAAUGGGACCGUAGUCCAUCUACAUGCAACGAACAAGCCGAGGGUGGCGAUGCCGACGCCGUAUUCGUCCUCAAGGAUGGCGCCGUGCUUUCCAAUGUCAUCAUCGGCCCCAACAACGGCGAAGGCGUGCACUGCCUGGGCACUUGUACGCUCAAUAAUGUGUGGUGGACUGAUGUCUGCGAAGAUGCGGCGACCUUCAAACAGUCGUCUGGCACUUCUUAUGUCAACGGCGGGGGUGCUCGCAAAGCGGACGACAAGGUCUUGCAACACAACGGCGGUGGAACCGUUGCUGUCAAGAACUUCUGGGCGCAGGAUGUUGGCAAGGUAUACCGCUCGUGCGGCAACUGUGGCACGCAAUACGCGCGCAAGUCGACUUUCGAUAACAUCAAGAUGUCCGGUGGCAGCGUUGUUGCAGGCGUAAACGGCAAUCUUGGCGACACGACCACGAUCAAGAACUCGUGUGUCCUUGACGGCGCCACCCAUGUCUGCUGGCUGUACAAGGGCGUUACAUCUGGUGAGCCGUCCAAGACGGCAUCGGUUGCUGAUGGCAAGGUGUGCGCGACCAGCGCCAUCAAGACCAGCGGGUGCUAA